AUGGACACCGUUGGACUUCUGCGGUUUGCAUGUGAUGAGGAGUCAGUGCAGAACAAAUGUUUCCACUACUUGUUUUCCUAUUGCGGGCUUCGUGGGGGCAGCGUCCCUGACAUUUGUCACUGGAAGUGGAAUUGCUUUCGCCGUGCAAUAAAGAACAGCGGAUCUAUGAACUUAUCACUGAUGAAGCUGACUAUUGUUGCUAACUAUAGUCAUGGCACUACUCUCGGAGGUGAGCGCCGGAUGAUGAGGUUGGAAUACUUGCGUCAAUUCCUGGAGAAGCAAGAAAUUGAAUACUUUGAAGAGUUAGCUGCCGAGGUUGGCAUGGACAGGGGCUGUGUCAUUGAUACUGAUUCUGCCCACAUCCUAAUCGAUGACUACCUGGAAGCCCCAAGCCUCAAGAACCGCGGCAUUUUCGCAAAGAACAAGAGCUGGUUCGGAAUCAUUUCUGCGGCCAAGAAUGUUCUCUCUGAUUGGACAAUUCUUCGCGAAGGGGUUGAUGACGAUGACACCGACGCUGCCAAUGCCGGGGCGCCAGUGGAAGAAGAAGAAGACGAAGCAGGUGAUCAAGACGAAGAACCUGAGGCGGCCAGGGGGUCUGAUGACCCACCACCUUCAAAAAUGACAAAAGCUCAACUGUUUGCCAUGUACAAAGGGAAGGGGCCUCAUGCCAUGAACUUGGACAUAUUGAGCGAUGAGGAAGUGAGGGCCCAUGCAUGUAUUAUCGUGCAUGUCACGACACCUCUUCACUGUCAAUACCAAUCUGAGUUGAAAGCUCAGACAAAUGGGUUGGCCUCCCUUAUUCAAUGGGCAGCUGCCCGUGCCAAUGGAGAGUGGGUGCAUGUGGUGUACUCCAUCCUAGGGGUUCAGUCAUCAUCGGAACUAUAUGCAGCUAUGCGCUGUGCCCCUCAUUGCGACCCUCCUGCAGCUUUUGAUUGGGGUACCAUUCAGGAUGACAUCACUUUGACCCAGCAGGUGACAUCAUUUGCUAUUGAAUUGGCUGCCAAUUGUGCCUGGGCACAAAUGCUGUACACAUUCACGCUUCCUCUGGCCAGCGCUGCCCUUCUAUCUCGCCAGCGUGCGGAACAAAAAACUGCAAUGCGCAGACUCCAGUCCUUAGUUCUGAGCAUUUUGAUUGCUGAGAAGCAGUGCGACAGGAAACCCGUCCUGAACCGGAUACUUGAAGACUUAGCCUACCAACAGGAGCCCUUUGUGCGGGAACUCAUGUUCUUACUGAAAAAGGGAAAAUUUGAUAUCGAUUCCGAUGAGAGCAGAUGCUUAUUGCUGCGGGGCGGCAUUUUCCACAGAGCCACUGACAAUGACGAGUUCUACCUGUCAUUGGGGUUCACAGCAUACUGCGCUUUAGGUGUCCGAUUGGAAAUCCAGUACCUCACUUUUCCCAACUUUGGGGCAACGACAGCUGGAAUUGACAAGUUGAAGUUCAUGUUCAACUUCAAGGUCGCUGAAGAUCUUUGCGAGUGGAGACGGGUUGUAGCCAAACCACUCCCGCCUGCCUGCAUCCCGGUGAAUUUCAGCUUCCUUGGUUCCAUCUUUCAGAUUGACUCUAAAGAUGAAUGGGUACUUCGUGGGGCCCUGCGUGAUGGGAUUUUCCUCACAGUACAGCAGCUCCGGUCUAUUUGCGGAUCCCUGAAGGUGGCACUCCCUGGAAGAAAACAAGGGAGUGGCAAAAACGGAAAUGUCGUGAAGAAAGACAUCGCCCUUUGUUUGCUGAAACAUGUAUUCCCAGAUCUUAGCGAGAACGAAGGGGAAUUGUUGAAAAUGCUCAAGCCCUUGAUGGGGUGGAACAGUACCCCAACAAAUGUGGAAAUUCUGUCUGCAAUAUCGGAGCUAGAUGUGGACAACCAAGAUGCCUUCAAACAUGUUCAAAAAGAGGCUCUCAAUCAGUUCGAAGAAGCUGUUUUUGGCAAAGGCAAGGCAUGUGGAAUUGAAGAGGCAACAAAUGCUUCCAAAUACAAGGAAAAAACCGAUUUGAAAGUUUCACAACUCAAGGAGAAGGAGGACAAAGCUGAAGUUGCAGAGCGCAAACGCCAGUUCGACUUAACACCUCCCAGUUUGAAGCUACUCUUGCCAGGAGGCGGCGCAAUCACCUCCACAUUCUGGGCCAGGUUCCAUCCGCAGAAAAAAUUCUUUCGAACUGACUAUCCAACGAGUGACAUGGCUGUUGAAGUCUCUGCGCGGGGUUGGAAACUGAUGAGUUUUGCAACAUGCAUACUGUAUAUUACUUUGAAGGCCCUUAAAUGA